GCACCAUCAUGGCUGCAGCAUCUCGCUUGAUUCUCUUCUUGUUGCAUGUCCAAAUCACUCGCCGCCCACGCUAGCCACGCAGGCUAGCCGCGCAGGCUAGCCACGCAGGCCAGGCUCCUUGGCUCCCACAGCCGCACACCUUCCAGACUCGCUGGGAUCCUUCUGGCUCAACAGCGGCAGACUCGACCCGCUGAUGAACGCGCCGCCCACGCCGCGUGGCGUUCAUGCGCGCGGCUCGCAGCUUGCGCUCGCUGCAUGAGACUGAAGGAGAGGAUGGCGAGGGAGUCGCAGAGUCGGCAGAGUCGCCAGCCUUCCUGGUGGUCCGAUGCGCUGGACAAGUCUCGAUGAAUGGACGUUAUUUCCAGGAAGGCGUUUUCCAAGGAAGGCCCAAGUACAAGCAGGUGAGCGGCCAAGGCAUCAUCUAUUUUAAGUAUGGAGGUUGGAAGCUGAACGAUGAGGAUGACACGGGUGGUUGGUGCUAUGAAGCUGCACAGGAUUCAUCGAUGCCACCGAUGCGUGCCUGGAGCACCGCGGUCUCCCGAUAUGGAACUGCGCCGAGCCUAUGCUUAGGAACCUGUCAGGAUAUCGAAGAGGGUGAUUCAGUCACGAUUGUGAAGGCCGAUUCGCAGGUCGACUGGUCGGACUGCCCCGAGGAGAGUGUUGGCCAACGACUCACCUUUGCAAAUCCACCCUGGAGCCUGGUGGUUCAUCGCCUCGUGGGUGACGCGGAGACCGGCUCUUCAGAGGGCGCCGCGGGGGCCUUGCGUCGUUGGUUUUACUCCACGGAGUACGAAACGCUGGUUGCGCCGCUGGCAGCUUUGGGCUUCGUGGACUUCCAUGGGAUCAAGCAUCGCAUCUCCAGUUCCGACCGCGACGAAGGAUCGACCGCGGUCGACCCGCCCUUCCUGGUGGUCUCGGGCGCUGGGCAUCCGCCGGUGAACGGACGCUAUGCACAGGAGGGCCUCUUCUCUGGAAGGCCGAAGUACAAGCAACUGGGUGGAAACUCGAUCAUCUUCUUCACCGCCGGCAAGUGGCGCCUGAAUGACGAAGAGGUCACCGACGAGCGUUGCUACGAUGGCGAGGGCGACGCUGCGAUGCCUCCACGGGAGUGGCUGCAGUUCCAUACGCGCUUCGGCACGGUGCCGAGCCUGUCGUUGGGAACGUUCCGAGAUCUGCAAGAAGGUGAUCAAGUCUUUAUUGAACGUGAGGAGGAUGUGGAUUGGUCAGGAUUUCCAGAGGAUCGCCAACGCUUCCGCUUCCGGGACUUUCCUUGCCACCUCACUGUGGGCCGCAUCCAGGGUGACUGGUUUGUCCCCGAGCCCGGCUCCGGCUCGGUGCCGCUGCGAGCGGUGCGCUCUGUCAGACUGCGAGGUGUGAAGCAUCGCAUCUCUGAGGGAGAGCUGGCACAAGAGAUUUUGGUCCAAGGAGCUGGUGGCUCCUUUUCAGAAGCGAAUGGUUUUUAUCGCCACCACGGCGAACAUAACGGUAAAGUCAUCUACCAAAAAGCGGAAGACCGCAGCAUGGGGGCGGUGUAUUUCGACGCCCAGUGGAAGAUUGGUCUCCAUGGGGUGGAGGAUUGGGUGUAUUGCCAUCCCGAUGAGUCGCUCUCGCAGCCGCCCAGCAGCCGGUGGAGAGGAUCCGAGGCAUCUGAAGAGGGCUCAGGAUCGGUCAGUAUUUGCAGUGUUCCUCAAGUUCUGGUGGUGGCCAAUGGCAGUCCCAUGAUGAAUGGCCGUUAUGCUCGUGCGGAAGACUUGAAUGGCAAGCCGAAGUUCCGACAAGUCGGUGGCUCCUCAGUACUGCAGUUUGAGGAUGGCUGGAAGAUGAAGGGUGCAGAGAUGUCCGAACACUCGUACUAUCAUCCAGAUGAUGUUGCGCUUCCUCCUACUGGUGAUUGGAGCGCAGUUGGAGGAGGAGAAUCACCAAGAGUGUCUCUUCUUCAUAGUCCGAUUUCCUCCGCACCCAGAUUCUUUUGGGUUCAAGGCGCUGGUGGUGUGGGUGAGCAAACGAAUGGCUGCUACGUUUGCAUUGGCUCCAGCAACGGCAAGCCGAAGUAUUGGCAGAUGGAUGGUGCUGGGAUCAUUUACUUUCGAGGCACUUGGCGCAUUAAUUACAGAGAUCAGGAGGGUGGUUGGUAUUACCAGCACCCCACACGAGCUGAUCUCCCGCCCUCGCGCGGCUGGACCACCGAGGGCUAUUCCGGGCGAGCGGACCCCGCCCCGUCGCUGGAGCCGCAGGCGCGCUAUUCCUCCGAAGGCUUUCAGCAGCCUCACCCGCCCUUCGUGGUGGUGCGCGGCGCGGGGCAUCCGCCGGUGAACGGCCGCUAUGCGAAUGUGGGCUUUCAUGAGGGAAAGCCCAAAUACAAGCAGGUGGAGGGUGAGUCCAUCAUCUUCUUUGAAGCCGAUCUCUGGCGGCUCAACGAUGAAGAGAACACUCGCCAGCGGAAGUACGACGGCCCUUCGAGCGGUGCGGAGCGCAAUGGCGUCACGCCGCCGAGGGAAUGGGUCGCCUUCAAUUCCAGAUAUGGCUCGGCACCAACCCUAUCAUUCGGAAGUUCUCGAGAUCUUCGUGAAGGGGACGUCGUGACCAUCGUGAAGGAUGAUACCGAAGUGGAUUGGUCUGGAUGUCCGGAAGAUGGCGAGGACAGCGAAGGGAGUCGUUUGAGCUUUCGGCCACCGUGGACUGUGACCGUGCAGCGGAUCGUGAGUGGCGCUUGGUUCUACCCCACGCUCUUCCCUCAACUGGUGGCGCCACUUUCGGCGGUGGGCUUAGUGAGCUUGGCAGGGAAGAUGCAUCGCGUUGCAGAGGCGCAAGAGGCAUCUGGCGGUGCCAAUGGAUCGGUGGAUGAGCCCGAGGUGACGGGUGGCUAUGAUGAGGAGUGGUUCUCGGAGCAAGAGGUGGAAAGGUUUCGGUGCCCCAUUUGCUUCUUGGUGGCUCGUGAUGCCAUGGCACACGAUUGCGGCGCAGUGCUCUUCUGCGAGACCUGCUGGGUGAAAUGUAUGGCCGAGGACAGCAAGUGCUCCGUCUGCCGGAAAGAUGGCUCCACCGUGGCUCCGGCGCACUUCGAGCGGCGAGCCAUUCGGAACUUGCUGGUGAAGUGCCCCAACGGCUGCGGGGAGAACUUCCAGUUGUACGACAAGGAGAAGCAUUUGAAGGAGUCGUGUUCCGCGCGGCAAGUGAAGUGCGAGGCAUGUGAAGGCUUUUAUCAAGCAGGAUGUCAGGAGGAGCAUCGGAAGGCGUGCGGGGCACGUUGGAGCACUUGCCGGCUUUGCGGAGAGCAGGUGCAAUUGAGCGAGUUGGAAGCCCACUAUGCCAGCAAUCCCGGGAAACACAUCAGUCAGAUCGUGGCGCUACUGGAUGAAGUCUCGCGCUUGCGAGAAGAAGUGAAGCAGUUGAAAGGUGAGUCGUGAGGGGCCUUUGACCCGGCACGAAGCGGCGCACACCGUGCAGUGAGGGAAGCGGAGCUUCGCCGGGUUACCGUCCUUUGGCGCCUGGGGUGAUGUAGACGGAGCCAUGGAACGUUGGAGCCAUGGC